AUGACUUCAACCGCUGCGCCAAAGUCAGUCGUCCACGGACCAUCCCAUCCCCCUCUGAAGCUCUUGACAAUCGGCCAGCUUCUUAGCGAACAGGCCGACCGAGUCAGCUCCCGCGAAGCGGUUGUUGCAUUCCAGUCCGGUGCGCGAUUAAGCUACCACGAUCUCGAAAUUAGGACAAAGCAGACGGCGCGAGCCCUUGUAGCCAGCGGGGUUCAACGCUGCGAUCGGAUUGCCAUCUUCAUCGGAAACUGCGAAGUCUACGUGGAGAUCUUCUUUGCGGUUGUCAGGAUCGGGGCGGUAGCAGUCUUGCUUCACGGAACGUAUACCCCGAAUGAAGCGCGUAAUGUGUUGCGGACCACCGAAUGCUCUACCCUGUUCAUCUCAAGUAGUCUGGGAAAUAGAGGCUCUCGUGCCUUUCUGGACUGCCUCAAAGACUCCAAUAAGUCACUGGCUAUCGAUGUGCCAUCAAUGAAGCGCAUUGUGUUGGUUCAUGACGAUCAUCCGGAUGGCAGCUACUUGACUUCCUGGGAAUCAUUUCUCGCCUGUGGAGAUGCAGUGAGCCCGUCGCGGCUCAGUCAGCUUGAGGAUGGGGUUGGUGAUGACACAGUAUGCAGCUUUCUCCUGACGAGCGGCACCACCGGCGUCCCCAAGGUGGCUAUGUUGACACACGCGAACAUCAUCAACAAUGGCUUCCUGGCAGGGAAUCACAUGGCCCUGACUAAAGAAAGUAUCAUCUGCAAUCCACUGCCCCUGUUCCAUUCCGGGGGCCUGAUACUGGGGCUCAUGACAUGUGUCGUCCAUGGAGCCUGCAUAGUACUCCCAGCACCAAGCUUCAGUGCGUCUCGCACCCAUGAUUGCCUCUCCGCAGAAAAGUGCACUGGAAUGCACGGCGUUCCGACCAUGUUCGCUGCGGUCCUUCGCCACAGGCACGUGCAGUCCAUGAAAAGUUCAAUCCGGCUCCGGACUGGUCUCAUAGGAGGUAGCGCUCCUUCGGAGGCACUGUGGCUUCAGAUCAAGCACGAAUUUGAUCUCGAGGGGUUUACACUCGGAUAUGGAAUGACCGAGACAUCGGGUGGUGUCUUCAUGUCCAAGCCAGAGAUCGCUGAUGCGACCCGAAUGCCUCGCGCCCUGGUGAUUUUGCCUCACACGAGCGCAAAGGUCGUUGACAGCAGGGGCGAUAUCGUGACAGUCGGACAACGCGGCGAGCUCUGUGUCUCGGGCUACCUUGUACAGAAGGGAUAUUUCAAGAACGAAGAGAAGACGCGUGCGGCCAUGGCUCAUGACGAGAACGGUACACUGUGGAUGCGGACGGGUGAUGAAGCAAUUUUCGACUGCGAGGGGGGAUGUUGUAUCACCGGUCGCAUCAAAGACAUUAUCAUCCGAGGAGGAGAGAACCUAUAUCCGACUGAAAUUGAGGAUCGGUUGAGCGAACACCCCUCCGUGCAAGGGGCUUGUGUGGUUGGACUACCGGACGACUACCUGGGCCAGGUGGUUGCGGCUUUUCUGCAGCAGGAACCAGGAACAGAACGACCAUCUCAUGAGGAGCUGGCUAUCUGGGUCCGCAGCACUCUGAGUUACCAUAAGGCUCCGACUCGGGUCUUCUGGCUUGGCGAUGAUGAUCUACCCAGGGAUUUCCCUCUGUUGGGGAGUGGCAAGAUUCGCAAGAACGUGCUCGAGCAGUUUGGGUGUCAGAAACUGCGUGCAAGGAAUGCAUUGAAUGCUUAGUGGUGUAGUCAUGUGGACGAUGAGGACGAAGCGGCCCUGGGGCAUGUAGGCAGCAGGGGAAGAAUCUU